CAUCGCACUCGUUUUAGAGAAACACUAACACCCAAUCUUUUGUUUCCAAACAGCAUAACACUCCUCUUCAUCUUUAACCUAACAAUGUCACUCCCAAUACCAAAGUUAAGGUUAUGUCUUUCUUAUUCCAUGUCCAAGUUUUAUCCUUUUCUUCCAAACCCUUCUUCCUUCUCUUCCUUUCACUUACACUAUCACUCUCAGCCUCCUUCACCUGACCAUGACAAUGUUCACGACGUCGUCUCUCAAUUUCGUCGCAUGUUUCAUAUGCGUCCUAUUCCUCCCAUCUACGCAUUUGGGCAGAUUUUGGGAUCUCUUACAAGGAUGAAACACUAUUCUACAACUAUUUCCCUUUUUAAGCAAAUGGAGCUCAAUGGAAUUAAGAGUCAUCUUGUCAUUCUCAACAUCGUCAUCAAUUGUUUCUGCCACUUAGGCCAGAUGCCCUUCUCUUUCUCUAUUCUUGCCAAGAUUCUCAAACGAGGUUAUCAUCCAAGUGUCAUAACCUUAAAUACCCUCAUGAAAGGUCUCUGUCUCAAUGGUGAGGUCAAGAAAGCACUUACCUUUCGUGACAAGGUAGUAGCACAAGGAUUUCUACUGGACGAGUUUAGUUACGGGACUUUGAUCAAUGGUUUGUGCAAGAUAGGAGAAACCGAAGCUGCCAUCAAGUUGCUCAGAAUAAUAGAAGGCGGAUUAUGUAAGUCUAAUGUGGUAAUGUACGCCACUAUAAUUGACUCUCUAUUCAAAGAUAAUCUUGCAAAAGAGGCUUAUCAUUUGCUUAUUAAAAUGAUGUCAAAUAACAUCAUGCCUGAUGUUUAUAUCUAUAAUAUAAUGAUUGAUGCUUUAUGUAAGGAAGGAAAGAUAAAAGAAGCUAAGAAUGCGCUAGGUGUGAUGGUAAAAGCUUGUGUCAAACCUAAUAUUGUUAACUUUAACACUUUGAUGGAUGGGUAUUUUUUAGUUAGCGAGGUGCAAAGUGCUAAACACAUAUUUAAUGCUAUGACCCAAAUUGGAGUAACUGCUAACGUUAAAAGCUACAAUAUCAUGAUUAAUGGAUUAUGUAAGAGUAAAAAAGUGGAUGAAGCCAUGAAUCUCUUUCAGAAAAUGCAAAAGAGGAACAUGAUUCCUGAUACAGUGACUUACACUACUCUUAUAAAUGGUUUAUGCAAAUCUGGGAGAAUAGCUAAUGUUUGGGAUCUUAUUGAUGAGAUGCAUGAUAGAAAUCAACAAUUAAAUGUAAUCACUUACAAUUGCUUGAUACAUGCUUUAUGUAAAAACUGUCAUCUAGACCAGGCAUUUGAGUUAUUCAAGACAAUGAUGGAAAAGGGAAUUCAGCCGAAUAUGUACACCUGGAACAUACUUAUUGAUGGAAUGUGCAGAGGAGGAAGACUUGAGGAGGCACAAGAGACCUUCCAAGAUCUUUUAAUUAAAGGCUAUCCUUUAGACGUACAUAGUUAUACUAUUAUGAUCAAUGGUCUUUGUAAAAAAGGUUUAAUUGAUGAGGCAUUUACCUUAUGGUCCAAAAUGGAAGACAAUAGCUGCUUACCUGAUGCAAUAACUUUCGAAAUAAUGAUUACAACCCUUUUUGGAAGGGAUGAGAAUGAUAAGGCAGAGACAUUUCUUCGUGAAAUGAUAUUUAGAGGCUUGUUGACAUGAUAAAAGGUGAAAUCUCAUUUCUGUAUUUAUUUACAUUUAUGUCUUGCUACAUAUUGUACUUGAAUGGUUUGUAUAUGUUGUGUCUGUUUGAUCAGAGAAGUGUGACCUUACGCAAUUGAUGCUUGUCUUGCUACGAUUUGGAUGUGAAGAGUUGAAAAUUUUUAACUGUUUUUUUACAUUGCAUUGCAUUGUCUGUCAAGACCAAAACCCUGACCUCCCUCCAUAAAUUCUAAUGGUUUUUUUUUUCAAGUUUAUUUAACUUUCUAGAGGUUCUCUACCACUUAAGUAAUUGAGGAAGUGUACUAUCAUACUAUAUUAUCUUAUUGAUAUUGAUAUAAGUCAUGACAAGUUUCAAAUUGUGUAAAUAAGGUUCAAUCCAUUGAAAAGAGGGCCCACCGGUAAAUCCAUGUAAUUGAAAUUUUGGAUAUUUUGUUAUAGGUAGCAUAUGCAAUGACUCUUUCUGGCUUUUGCUGCAGCGUCCCUGUCUCUUAAAUAUUUUACCUUGAAGUUUGAAAUUGUCUACUAUAUUAAUUGCUAAUCAUGGUGGUGACAACAUAAGGAUCCAUGUUAGAAGCAGGCUUUCUGUCCUCAAAGUAGCAUUUACCUU